AUCUGAACAUCCAAACCAGCAAGCAAAUGGAGCCCACGAAAACCUACAAGGUGCACGGACACCUGAAGCCGCAAAAGCGCAUGGUGUACCGAUUCACAACGCCCGACCAGACGGACCCGAUAGAGCGCUACUUCAUCCUCGACCCGCCAGGAUACAAAAUGGAUUUCCACCACAAGGGUUGGCGGGCGAUAGUCCACUCGGGGCCGAAUCCGAAGAAGCACACACUGGCCGAGUCCCCGAUCGUGGGGCGGAUAACGCGCUCGAUGUGCUGGAAGAAGAUACAGCUGGAGAUGGGCGGUUCCAUCCAGCGCGAGGUGAAGACGGACGAGAAGGCCAUCAAGGUGAAGAGCCUGCAGCGGUGCAACAAAUUGCGCAAGGUCUUCUGCAUGCGGCCCAAGCCUCUGGCGUGGACGGCCGAGGACGAGAGCGCUCUGCAGGGUAUCGGGGAGGCCGGGGGGGAGAAGGAGACCGUGGUCAUGGUUCACACGGGGCAUAGAAAGUAUGAGUUUGAGGUUGCCGGUGUGAAGUAUCGAUGGACCGGGACGAAGUUGCAUUCUAGUCGGCUAGUGAAGGGGAUUGGCCUCAAGGGGUUCGCCUAUAGCCUUAAGGUAUAGUAUAUCCCCCCCCUGCGGUAGUCCGGGAGAUUGUUUGCGAUGAUGCUGAUCAAGAUAUCAGCUCGUCCGUUUAGAGGACAAGAGGCUCAUCGCCUCCUAUCAGAAAAAGUAUGGCGUGUGCAGCAGCUUGAGGGGGUACCUGCAUUUCUAUACCGACGAGAAGAGUGAGAUCCUGCCCGAGACGGUAAUCGUGCACUCGGCUUAUGGAAUGAUACGUUCCGAGAAGGCCAAGAGAGAUACCACUGUGGAUAUUUUGCAGCAGAUGGCUGAGGAAGGGGGGGGUUAAGCUUUUUUCUUUCAUUUUUUUUGAUACCCAAGUAUGAGUGAGUGAGUGAGCGAGUGCCUAGUGGUGAUCUUGGAUUUUGUGCGUGUAUUUGGUUGCCAUGGCUCUUCCCCUGCGAUGGCUGCGAUGGGUCUGUUUUUCGCUCCUUUUUUGGGUCUGCUUUUUUUUUUUCCAAGCAAAGACCUGACGCACGGUUAUUUCCUUGCUGUGUUUUACUAAGGGUUGUAGUAUGAUAAUACAAUUAUUCACCCGUGUAUACUACACAGUCUUAUGCUUAUCAGGAAGAAAAUAUUUAUACUGUAUCGAUUGGAGGAUUUAAAUACUCAGGAAUGUAGAGUAUUUGAUUGUCUUUAAAAAUUGAGUCUGCACUAAGGUAGGUUUAAAUUACAUCAGAGUAAUAGGUCCAGCUUU